AUGUUUAGUGUUUUUAAAUUCACAUAACAAAAUGCGUUUGUACGGAGUCUUCUUAGUUUUCCUGUUUAUCGGUUUCGGUCGAUCACUACCUGCACAGAAUUAUAUCGAGAAAGAUCCCGAAUUGAAUGCUGGUUAUGUGGAAGGUGAUAUGGUUUUAACUUCUCGCCAACGCAACGGAUUGCGCGAUGAAGUUUGGCGUUGGCCAAAUAAUACCGUGUAUUAUAAAUUCUUUACCGUAUUCGAUGAACACCAUCAUAAUUAUAUAUUGCGUGGCAUGAAAAUUAUCGAAGAAAUUUCUUGCAUACGUUUCAAGGAAGCCGACGCAAAUACACCGAAUUAUGUGAACAUUUCUGGUUUUGUGGGAGGUUGUUACUCUGAAGUGGGUUGGCUAAACGAAGGCGCACAAACGUAUAAUUUAGAAGUGUAUCCCCUCGAUACGGGUUGCUUCCGUUUGGGUACCAUUGUACACGAGUUCUUGCACACUUUGGGCUUCUUCCAUAUGCAAAGUGCUACAAAUCGCGAUGAUUACGUACAUAUCGCUGAAGAAAAUAUUGAUCCAAGGAAUUUGCAUAAUUUCAACAAAUACAAUGAAACACAAGUGAAUGAUUUCGAUCAAGAAUACGAUUACGGCAGUGUUCUGCAUUACGGACCGAAGGCUUUCUCAAUUAAUGGGGAAGACACAAUAAUACCUUUAUACGUGAAUGAGGCUUCUGGCAAUAUGGGCCAACGUCUAGGCAUGAGCGAGAAAGAUAUUGACAAAUUGAAUUUGAUGUAUCGUUGUCCGAUCAAAAUCUAAGAUGAACUCGUGAAUUAAAAAAUCAAAAAUUGUUUAUUUUCCAACGAAAUUGCUAUUUGAGGUUUUUUAAGCAAAGUUUUUCCCUCAUUUGAAAAUAUCGACUGCGAAGUGAGAACUUCUUCAAUACUUAUUUGAAGGAAUGUUGGAGCGACAUAGGUGAGCUCGUAAGUUAUCCAUCGCUUGUUACGAUAUCAUGUAUGUAAGAAAGUAAAUUCUUUUGAUGAGAUGGGACAGUGGUUGCCCUAUGUAAGAAAAUUUAUAUUUUUACCGCCCACUUAACUAGAGGAAAGAAGUUAUCUGACAGUACUUUCGUGAACUAAAAUUUCGCAACCGACCACGCAAAGUUUAGAUUUCAUAGGCGCGUUAUAGUCCACUUUUAUUAAAACUAUUUUAUUAACAUUUUCUUGUUUUCUAUUCUUAUAAAUUUCUUAAAUUUCUGGUUACAAGGUCAUGCUAUUAACAUGAUUGGUUCAUUUUUGUCCAUUUUGAAUUACGGCUCCGAGGGACAUUAUUUAUAUUUAUUUUUCUUGUUACUUUAAUUCGUUUAUUCAUAUCACGCGUUUUUUUCUUGUCUUAUCCAUAUUCAUCUUCUAAUCUGUCCAAUGUCUGUCGUAUGGGUAUGUUAACUGUACGUGGAAGUGCAUAACACCAAAAAGGCCUCAAGGUAGAUCCAGCUUUCAUGACACCGAUCGGUUCAGAAUCACCUUCUGAAUCAUCUCCUGAAUCAAUCGAAGCUGGUCCGUCCCUCUGUCUGCCCGCCAAUCUAUCCGUCUGCCCGUCUGUUCCUCUCGCAUUCUUGCGUUUAACAUAGAGGUCAUAAUUUUAAAGAUGUUUUCUUGAAAUUUGAUACAUCGUUUAGUCCAAGAUCGUGUUUUAAUCCCAAGACUAUUGAAUAAUC